AGGAAACGGUGUAGGAGGAGGGGCAUGAAAUGUGACAAAGGUCUGUGGCUGGAAUUGAACUGCAGACUUUAUACGUCUUCAGCCUUCUACCAGAGUUCCCAUGUCUUGUAUUUGUACUUGGACGUCCCAGCGGAUGUUAAUAUAUCACUAGUGAGUCUGCGGCUUAACCUUUGACUCUGAGAAGCUUCGGCUGCCAACUGAGCUUAAGCAGCAGGGUUAGAGCAGACACAUACUCCAAAGCUGCUCUUUUUCAGCCAAUAAGUGUGACAGCCACAUUGUUUUCGCAUCAUCCUGCGCACCCCCUGCCUUGAAUUUCUAAACAGACCUCAACAUGAUGGAUAUGGAGCAAGCAGCUGGGAGUUGUCCUGCCCCAGACCAAGCUGCUGUCAGUACCUGGCUGUCCUCCAGCACCAAAGGAGCCACCAGAACACCCAGUGACGUCCUCUACCGUUUCCAUGGUGACGGCGUUCGCUAUAAAGCCAAGCUGAUUGGUGUGGACCCAGUGCCCACUGCCCAUGGAGAGAAGACGUGCUGGGACUCCAUGAUGAAACUAAAGGGCAUUGAGGCAACAGCGAGGAAACAGGGGAAACACAAGCAGAGAAUUUGGUUGAAAAUUUCAUUCAGUGGCCUUAAAAUCAUCGAUGAGAGGACCGGGGCUGUACUCCAUGACCACGAAAGGAGCAGGAUCAGCUCUUUAACAAAAGAUCAGUCCGACCUCAGAGCUCUGGCAUACAUCUACCAACAAGAAGACACUUACACCCUCUUCUACAUCAAGAUGGCUAACCUGGCAGAUCCGGUCAUGGUCGACAUAAAGGAGGUCUGUGAGAGAGUGGACCCAGAGACACCAGAGGAUGCUACAGAGACACAAAAUAGUGUCUUAUUGGUUCUAGAUGAGAGCUCAGACCAUCCACCUGAGGCUAAUGAGCAUGUGUUCAGUCCACGACCGGACUCUCCAUCCAGACAAACUAAACAGCCUUCUUCCAGUAAUGAGUUGAUGGAAAUCUUCUCCAUCCAGAUGGAGGAGCCGCUGAUGCCCAGCCAGAGCGUAUGUAGCAUUGAGCCAGAAUCUCCGAAGCAAGUGUUGUCCAACCCUCAGAUCCUCUCCAUGUUCCCCACACAGCCAGUAGGGGGCUCUCCAUACUCCUCUCCCCCAUACUCUCCUACCGCCAUGCCCUGGGGCCAGCAGGGGCCACUGAGAACCCAGAGGGCAGGUCCCAUGGGUGCAGCUCCCUGGCCCACCAUGAAUGGUGGCAUGGUAGCGUGGGCAGCGACAGGCAUCACUGCUCUCCCUACAGGCAGCCAGAUUCAGGCUCACAGCUCUCAGCCCGGGGUCAUGAUGGGAGGAAACACAAUCGAUUACCCGGCUGCGCCCUCUGCCGUUAACGGGUACCCCACCCCUCUAAACUCCCCCUACAACCCCCCUGGAGCGACAGCAACACUGCAGUCGAUGUCCCCCUCCAUGGAGCAUAAUCCCUUCCUGUGAUGAACUGGUUAGACUGGCAAAAUUGGUUAGUGUGAUUUGGAUUAGGAAAAAAUAAUAAUUAAAAUGGCUUGAUUGCUUUUGCUUUGUUUUUGUGUUAUCACCGAUUUUCAUUUUCUUUUGUUUGAAGAGAAUUUAGCUGCAAUGAUUUUAGAGGUGCAGUGUCAGUCUGUCGGGUGGUCCACUGCUUUGGUCCAGACUGACAACAGUGAUUUAAAUGAUUGAAAUAAAUUUGAAUUUUAUACAUUUAGACAGUCAUGAUCCCCUGAGGAUGAUUCCCGCUGAACUUUUGUCUAGCGCCAAGAGCAGGUCAAAAUUUUCACUCAUAUUGUGAAAUGUCUCAACGUCUACACGAUGGAUUGGGACAAAUGUUUGUACAGACAUUCAUGUUUCUCAGACAAUGAAUCUAACCAUGAAGUUGAAACAAACAAAACACCAUUGAUCAUGAUUACACUGAUGAUGGCUUCUUGCUGAAACGUGUCUGUUUCUGUAGAAUCUGUCCACAAUAAAAAAAACAAUAAGAAGAUAGAGCCAUGAGUGUCAGUGUUUUGUUUGUUUCAUCUUCACCACAACCAUACACCCAAUACUCUGUUUAAGUUUUGGAGCUGUGUGCACGGCUGCUUUGUACCAGAUCUAACCAUGAGGUUAACAUUUGGGGGUUUUAGUGAAAUGUUUAUUGUUUGGAUUUCUAUGAAGUUUGGUACAGAAAUGUAAGUGUAUGCAUUAGUAGUAAAUAUUAAGUAAGCAACUGUAAUAAUUUUGUGAUCCCUUCACCAUCAUCUGGUUUAUAUUCUAUGUUUCUUGCAAACUUAUGACACCAGUCUCAGCUGUACUCUGUGUUUAGUGCUAACUUGCAAAUGUUAGCAUGCCUAUAAACAUAGGCAUGCUGCUAAACAUAGAUUGUGAAACCCGCAGAAGGUCAGCACAGAUGCAUUGUCAUCAUGAUCAUUUUAACAUGAUGACAUUACCAUUUACAGUAGUAGAGCCUCUCUCAGUGUUUCUACUCAAGUUGACUGGAAGAUUAAAACACUGAAACAAGUCAAGUUAUGAGGAAAUUUGCUUAAACUGAAAAAUAUGGAAGAUCUGAAAGGACAGUUUUCCUGCUCUUGUUUCUCAAAAAUUGUAUGGAAAGUUACACACUUUGAUUCUCCUGCAUAUUUACAGUUCUUGUACCUGAACGUAUCUAAUACCUUAAAUUACUUUUCCUUU